UUAAAAAAAUAUUUUUUUUACUCAAUUCUCCAUAUUCCGAUUUUCUCCUUCAAAGUUUUCACAUUUCUAGGGUUUUCAUUCCCUGAUCAAGUUCCCUUUCCUUCAUAUAGUUUCAAGAUCGAAGCUCUUUUCACAAUUCUAUCGGAAAAUUCAAAAUUUUUGUUUGUCAUUUCAUCCAUUAAUUUGGGUAUUUGCUUAAAAUUUUGUUUGCUGGGUAAAGGUGUUGGCUUUCUUCUUUUUUACCUUGAGUGGGCUUUGUGCUGUUUAAUUUUCAUUGAAUUUAGGUUUUGCUGGUAAGAAUUAAUUAAAGUUUGAGACUUUUUUUUUCUGGGGAUUUAAGGUUGUCUAAUCUUGUCAUGGUCAACCAUGAUUAAUUAAUUUAUCUGAACUGCAUUCAUCAGAAUUUCAGCAUUUUAGAGUUGUUUGCUGUUUGGGGUUGUGUUUGGUUGAAUUGGAAAGUGAAUGUAUCCUUCUGCAAUGGAUUAUGCACGGGAUGGUGGCACGGCUUUGAUUCCUACCCGCUUUGUUUGGCCUUAUGGAGGAAGAAGUGUAUAUCUGAGUGGCACGUUUACUGGGUGGUCUCAAUGGCCGAUGGCUCCUGUUGAAGGAUGUCCAACUGUGUUUCAGACUGUUUGCAGUGUUCCACCUGGUUACCACCAGUACAAGUUCAUUGUUGAUGGUGAAUGGCGACACGAUGAGAACCAACCUUUUGUAAGUGGAAGCCUUGGAACAGUCAAUACUGUCCUCUUGGCCAGAGAGUCUGACUACCUUCCAGCAGUACUAAGUGCACAAAUACCUCCUAGCUCUAACAUGGAUGUGGAUAAUCAGGCCUUUCAGCGUUUGGUAAGAGUGUCGGAUGUUGCCUUGCCAGAUGAUGCUUCCAAGAUAUCGCAGUCAGAUUUGGAUAUUUCCCGCCACCGCAUAUCUGCAGUCCUAUCAACACAUUCAGCUUAUGAGUUGCUUCCAGGGUCGACCAAGGUCAUUGCUUUGGAUGUUGACUUACCCGUAAAGCAAGCAUUUCAUAUUCUUCAUGAGCAGGGUAUUCCUAUGGCUCCUUUAUGGGAUUUCAGCAGGGCACAAUUUGUUGGAGUCCUUAGUGCUUUGGAUUUUAUUUUAAUCAUGAGAGAGCUUGGGAAUCAUGGUUCCAAUCUGACUGAGGAAGAGCUUGAGACACAUACUAUAUCUGCAUGGAAAGAGGCAAAAUCUUACUUGAGCAGACAAGCCAAUGAGCUUGGUAAAUCAGCUCCACGGCAACUUGUUUGGUCAGGGCCAGAUAACAGCUUGAAGGAUGUGGCAUUGGAAAUUUUGCAAAAUGGGGUCGCUACAGUACCUAUAAUUCAUUCACCAGCUCUGGAUGGAUCAUAUCCCCAGCUAUUAUAUCUUGCUUCUCUUUCUGAAAUACUAAAACAUAUUUGCAGGUAUUUCAAGCAUUCUCCAGAGUCUUUACCAAUACUUCAGUUGCCAAUUGGUGCAAUUCCUUUGGGCACAUGGGUUCCGAAAAUUGGAGAGCCAAAUCGACAACCCCUGGCAAUGCUGAGGCCUACUGCUUCUCUGAAUGCAGCAUUGAAUUUGUUAGUGCAAGCUCAAGUUAGUGCAAUUCCCAUUGUUGACGAUAACGACUCCUUGUUGGAUAUAUACUCCCGAAGUGAUAUUACAGCUUUGGCCAAGGACAAGAUCUACACGCACAUCAAUCUUGAGGAAAUGAGUAUUCAUCAGGCAUUGCAACUUGCAGAAGAACCAUAUGCAACUUAUGGGUUGAGCAGUCAAAAAUGUCACAUGUGUUUACGGUCUGAUUCAUUGCAUGAAGUGAUGGAAAGAUUGUCCAGACCUGGGGUUAGGCGGGUUGUUGUUGUGGAAGCGGGAAGCAAACGUGUAGAAGGUAUCAUAUCAGUGGGUGACAUUUUCAAGUUCUUGCUUGGGUAGAUGAAUCAAAGAAUUGACAAUAGACGUGAUUUUGAUGGUGGUUGCCUAAUCUGUGUUUGCUCAUAGCUCAUGGUGCACCCCAUUAUUCAUGGGGAUUUGAAACCCGAUUCUUUCGUGUAUACAAUUGAUUGGCCCCAAGUAUAAUGGCCUGGUCUUUUAGGAUGUUAGGCUCUAAAGAAUUGAGGCAUGUAAAUUUUCAUAAUUGUUUCCCUCCUUUUUAUUACAGUUACUAAAGGAUUAAAGAUCAGUUGUCUAUCUUUUCCUUAAUAAGUAUGAUUAGUCAGGUUAUUAAGUCAA